UCAUAUUAUCGGAAGUUACAAUUUGACCUGGAGCUUGUGUUCUCACUUAUAACGUGGAACAAUCAUUUUUCAGUGUUUAUAUAUUAAUAUCACACUCAAAUAAUGAAUUGCAUGAGGUAACGUUGUCGUUAGUACGCAUUCGUAUACGCAUAGUACGUGUCAUUCGUAGGUGAGUGCCAGCUUGCAAGCUAAGAUUAACUAAUUACCUAGGUAACUUAUGCAAGCUAGUUAACAUACAGUAGUUCUAUGUUAUCUGGCGGUAACGUCGUUACAUCUCACCUUUACAGAUUGGUUUACUAUGGCGUGGGUUUGUUUCAUUGUUUUCCUGCUGUGUAUACAAGAGUCAUGCAUGACAGAAGACACGUCGAAGCUGGUUGAGCAUUCAAAAGCAACCUUUCUUCAGACACUUCAGUCUGGGAAGACUUCAUUCGUUUAUUUUGGAAACGAAGUUCCGCCCACAGUUGGGCUCUUUCUUCAGCAUCUGAAGAAGUCUGCAGAUGCGCUGGAAGAUUAUGGAAUUUCGGUAGCUAAGGUGAAUUGUACCAAAGAAAGGGUGCCAAAUUAUUGCACAGGUGAAAAGGUGUUAACAAAAGUAUAUUUAUUCCGAGGACCCAAUGUCCUGAAGAACUUUGACAUAGACACUGUGUUUGAUGUCGACGCAAUCGUGGCUCACGUUCUGUUCGCAGUGCUCUUUGAUGAGGUGAAGUACGUGCAGACCCCAGCAGAGCUGCUGAACAUCGAGAGGGUCGCAAAAGGCCUGGCUGAUGUCGUACUGGCUUAUGUUCAGAUUCUGGGGUUGCCAGAGCACAGGGCCGUGAUGGAGGCCAUGUUCGUCUACGGUGCCAAGUAUCAGUUUGUGCUGACCACGGGAGGGUCUGUCCUGAGCCACAUGGGUGUGGAUGACCCCUCCUCCCUCCAGUCUGGCCUGUGGUUUCUGCACUGCAAGGGGGCGGAGAGUCAUUCAGACCCCUGCCACCACACUGUGCUGAAGAGACCCCUCACCACCCUCAACAUCUACGCCUUCCUGCAGCUGAUGGAGGCUCCGUUGUUGACAGAGGCACAGAGAGACCCCUCUGAGGUGGAGACUGUCCACAGCCACCUCCGCACCCCCCUGCUGUUCCUCUUCACCCAGGCCGACACCCUGGCCCUGGAUCGCGAGUCCGCAGAAGGCCUAGCCUGGAGGCUGCGUGGUGAGGCUGGCCUGGUGCUCAUCCACAGGGACAGCCCAGGUGUGAAAAUUCCAAGAGAAUACAACGCUGCGUAUAGAUUACCUGGAGAGGGCUCACCCGUCAAAUACUUCACCUUAAAAGACACGGAGGAAGUGGUCAGCCUUUUCAGAGAACAGUCCCUUCAGGAUGGAGAGACAAAACAGGAGGAGGAGGAGGAGGAGGAGGAUUGGACAGUCCUUGAUGUCUUGGAUGACGAGGUGGCGGAGUCUGUUUACCGCGAGAGGGAUUGGGAACCGGAUGUGGACCUGAUCUCUGAACUGACGGCAGGCACCUUCAACCGUGCAGUGAACCAAUCUGGCCACACGGUGGUGCUGUUCUUUGUCCGAUGGGAUGCUGUGUCCAUGGCUUUCAUGCAGUCGUACAUGGAGGCUGCUGAGGAACUGGAAGAUGUUCCAGAUGUGCGUAUGACUUCUGUAGACUGCGGGGAGUGGACUGAUGUCUGCAGCGACGGGCAGGUCACCGCUUUCCCCACCGUGAGGGUCUACCGCCCCGGGGAGCUCCCCCAGGCCUACAGAGGCAUGCUGGGAGCUGGCAGCCUGAGCCGCUUCAUCUUACUGGCUCGCGUCUCUUCCCCCGCCCUGCUGUCCUCCGCGGAGGAGACGCGCUCGUUCCUCGGGGGCCAGCUGUACCGGCGAAACGCCGAUCUGUCCCCUGUGAGAGUGCUGGGUCUCUUCAGCUCGGGGCAGGACCCAGGUACGCAGUCCCCAGGGAGUGCCCUGUUUGUGGAGGCAGCCCGGCUCCUGAGAGGCGAGAUGAUGCUGGGACUCUUCACAGACCCUCAGGCAGAGAAAUGGGCCGAAGAUUACGCUGUGAAACUCCCAGCCAUGCUGGUGUCGUGGGGUCCCAGGGCCCCUAUUCAGCCCUGUUCCCUGCCUAUGUCCACAGUGGAAGAGCUGGUCUCACACAUUCAGAGGUCCGUCCUGGAGAGCUUUCCAGAGCUCACCGUUGAGAACCUGCCAGCUUUCCUGGAACUCAGAAAGCCCCUGCUGCUGCUCUUCGUGGGGGAUGAGGAAGAGGAAGAGGAGGAGGAGGAGGAAGAAGAAGAAGAAGAAGGAGGGAGCCGACGGCGUGGGGUUGUGAGAAAAGAGAUGCGCAGCCUACUGAGCAUGGGGAAACUGGACUCCUACCUGCCCUGCUGGAUACACACCGGUCGGACUCCCUCAGGGAAAGCGGUUCUGGAAUCGUACCUGGGCUCCGUGCCCCGGCUGCCUGCCCUGGUGCUGUCCCAGCUGGACUCUGGGGGCGAGGUGUUCCUCUACCCUCCCGAAAAGCCCAUUCUGUCUGAGGCCGUUCUGGAGUGGCUGCAAAGAGUGGACAACAAGCAGGAGCAGCCUGCAGGUGUGAUUUCGGAUGAGGCGUGGGCUCCGUCGGUGCCCUUUUAUGACUUCCUGUCGAUCAUGGACGAGGAGGCCCCAGGAUACGCGGCCCAGAAGGCCCCGAGGCUGAAGACCGGAGGGAAGCAGCAGCAGCAGGAGGAGGACGCGGAGGAGGAGGUGAAAGGGCAGGGAGGUGAAGAGGGAGGGGCUUUUGAGGGUACGUUCCACCGCGAACCCCCCGCCGGGCCCCCGGCACACCACCAGCACCCUGACCUCUGACCCCAAGAUUCCACCGUCAGUCAGGGGAAGGGAGUCCCAUGGGGGCUCUGCGAUGCCCCGCACACAUGGCGCAGUAGUGUCUCAUUUCGGCGGUCACGUUCCCAUUUCACCAGUCUCCUGUCCAGCCCACUAGAACAGGAACAUAUGUAUGCAUGAAUCAACCAGUAUUAUCUAUAUUUUGUAUUUAUCAAUAAAAUAUGUAUAUUUUUGUAAUGUAUUGUGUGUGUGUGUAUAUAGUGGCCUUGCUUUGAUGGUGCUGUGUGAGAUGCAGUAGGGAGAUUGCCUCAGAGAAAGCACAACAGACAAUGCCGACUGUCUUUUCCUCCGGCACUAGCCCCGGCCUCAUUUUCCUUCCAUUCCGGAAUCCUUCCCUUAUGGAAAAUUGUAUGUAAUUGUCCAGUUUGCAAGCCAGAAUCAAUCAGCCUCUGCUUAUUUUUGUUAAGACUGUUCAAAGUAAAUGUGAUCACAUGAGAAUUGGAGACGGCAUCUCAUUGCCCGUCAUUAAGAAAGGAGGCGUAAUUGAGUGCAUUUGGCCUUGUCUGGUCGUGACUGAAAGUAUGCGGCUGGGAGUGAACCCAAAUCUGUCUUCAAUCUGCUUUUGGCAGCCGGCCCCCGAUCUGCAUCCAGUGGCUGCGUUUCUGUAUUCCUAAUCCAACGGGAGCUACAGUGCCCGAAUGAUAAGAAAGAUCGGUGUCUUUCCAUGUGAAAUGGCCAUUGAAAUUGGCAUUUUAUAAUUUUCUUGAAAUAAAGAAGUGCCUACAGCUAAA